AUGGCCUCAACUCAGUCUCAGUCUCUCCACAAUUUCAUCCUCACGCCUCAGCAGCAGAAUUUGCUCUUCCGCGCCCUCACUUCAAACCAGCCAGGAGGUAGCAACGGCAAUCCAAACAGUGCGCUGUCUCUCUCUCCUGAUUCGCUGUCGAAAUCCCCUAUUCAGAACCAACAAGGGUCUCCUGAUUAUAACACUACGAACGGCACUUCCAACAAUAGUAUCCAAGAGAGUCCUUUCUUAGACUACGAUUACGAUCUAGGACCUGAUACCAGUUUCGACUUCGACUUUGGUAAUGAUGGCCAUGCAAAGAUGAUUGGUGAUCUUCCAGGGACUUCGCCAAACGACGAUUCCAAAGCCAGUUCUCCCGACAACGACAUUUCUGACAAGAGAAGCCACCCAGAUGAUGAGGAGGACGACGAGAUAGAUGAGGGUGGGGGCAAGCGCCGAGAGGGUGAAGGGAAAGUUCCCAAGAAACCCGGCCGCAAGCCUCUUAUGAACGAGCCGAGUUCGAAGAGGAAGGCUCAAAACCGUGCGGCCCAGCGCGCAUUCCGAGAGCGCAAGGAGAAGCAUUUGAAGGACCUCGAGACGAAGGUGGAGGAACUCGAGAAGGCAUCCACAGCUACGAACAACGAAAACAGUCAACUCCGUGCCCAGAUCGAGAAAUUGACGAUGGAACUUAACGAAUACAAGAAGAAAUUGACGCUGAUGGGUCCUAGUGGUGGUUCUCGUGCACUUUCUGCACAUCCAACACGAAGUCAGACGUUUGGCAGUGCCGCCAUACAGAACCUCAGUGACGUCAACUUUCAAUUCGAGUUUCCCAAGUUUGGUGUUCUCCCUGGACCUCAGGGCUCUUUCACAAAUACCCCUAAACAAUCCUUGUAUUAUUCACCACCAUCAUCCGGAAACAGCCCUAAGGACAAAUCCAAGGAUAGUCCCAACUCGUCCAAGAGCCGAGAGAACUCUGAUGCCCAGUCGAAGGACGGUUCAUCCAAGUCCUCGGCGUCUCCAUAUGAUAGUACCUUCGGUGCUAGUGUAUCGAGGACUAGCUUAGAUUCUAGCCACAACAGUGUGAACGGAGCCAACACAGGUUCGCCUUGUUCGUCGACGGGUAACACCAACAUGGGACCUAGUUCUUCAUGUGGAACUUCUCCUGAGCCAUGCACACAGUCACCGAUGGGUUUCAAGCCUGUGGAUACUCUUACCACUAUCGGCGAGGAACAGCCAUCUUUGACCACUGAUUCAAUGAACCAGUUUAACAAUCUACAUAACAUAGACUUCUCUAACAUUGAUUGGCUAUCACAGCAAAAUGGUGGACAAUUUGACCCUCAGCUUUUCGGUGAUUACCGGGAGCCGCAGGACAACAUCCUCGCCAGCACCACGUUUGACGAUAGUUUCUUCAAUGAGGCCUUCGAUGUCGACUUUACCACACCGUACAAUGUGGCGCCUAGUCCCAACGCGCCCAAGAAGAAUCUAAUCGCUGAAAUCGAUGCUCGUAAGGAGUCGGAAGAUACUAUCAUUACAACUAACAACGGAAAGCUUCUCACUUGUAACAAUAUCUGGGAGAAAUUGCAAGCCUGUCCGCGGGUCCAGUCCGGCGAUCUCGACCUCGACGGCCUGUGCUCCGACCUGCAAAAGAAAGCCAAGUGCGGGGGCUCCGGCGCCGUAGUCGACGAAAAGGACUUCAAAGCCGUGAUGACCAAGUACCUCGGCACCGACUCCGCCGGCCGGUGUCCGGACGCGGCACCCGUAUCUAACUAA